AUGACUAUUGCACCUCGUCUUGCUGUCAAGCGCCUUUCCGAAAACGCCAAACUACCCACUCGUGGAUCAGCUAUUGCUGCUGGCUACGAUCUCUACAGUGCUGCCAACACCGUGAUCCCUGCUCAGGGCAAGGUUAUUGUGCCAACGGAUCUUUCUAUUGCUGUCCCUGAAGGUUGCUAUGGUCGUAUUGCCCCACGUUCUGGUUUGGCAUCGAAGCAUUUCUUGGAUACGGGUGCUGGUGUGAUUGAUGCUGAUUACCGUGGUCCUGUUGGCGUGUUGUUGUUCAACUUUGCUACUACGGAUUAUGAAGUCAAGCAAGGUGAUCGUAUUGCUCAAUUGAUCCUUGAGCGUAUCUAUACUCCUGAAGUGGUGGAAGUAAAUGAGUUGGAUGACACUGAGCGAGGAGCUGGUGGAUUUGGAUCAACCGGUCGUCAAUAG